AUGGGCUCUGUGAUGGGCUCCAAGGGUGCUGAGGCCACGGGUCUCCCUCCCGGUCUGAAAGCCCGUGAUUUGCAGGGCGCCCUUGCCCUACAGCCCACGUGCUCGGGCCGGAGGGAACUCGCCUCCCUGGGAACCAUGCCGAGCAUCUGGCCGAGAGGAGCCCUGCUCGACACCAAAAGUGGAGCAUUGGACUUCAUGCCUGGCUGGCCCAGACGGAGGGGCCACCCUCUGGACACCCCACACCUUCCACGGGAGCUGCCCCCAGGACUCUCAGAAAAUAUCAACAUGACGUUCUUCAAUGGUGUGUUUAAAAAUGUGGAAGGUGUGGCUGAAAUUUUUGACUGCUUGGGAUCCCACUUCACCUGGCUGCAGGCUGUCUUCACCAACUUCCCCGCGCUGCUCCGGUUCGUGAAUGGCAUGAAGUGCGUGGCUGGGCUCUGCCCCCGGGACUUCGAAGACUAUGGCUGUGCCUGCAGGUUUGAGAUGGAAGGGCUGCCUGUGGAUGCGUCUGACAGCUGCUGCUUCCAGCAUCGCAGGUGCUACGAGGAGGCUGCUGACAUGGACUGUCUCCAAGACCCCAGCAAGCUUAGCACAGACGUCAACUGCGUCAGCAAGAGUGUCACAUGCGAGUCCGGGGACGCGUGUGAGCGCCUGCUGUGUUCCUGCGACAAGGCUGCCAUAGAGUGUCUGGCUCGGUCCACCAUCAACACUUCCCUGAACCUUCUGGACACUUCCCUGUGUCUGGCUCAGCCUCCAGAGAUGACCAGCAGCAAAGAGCUGCUGACACUUCUGCCCAGAGGUGACGGUGUGGAGCCCACGGACUCCAGCCUGAUGGCUCUCUCUGGAGAAGUGGCUGCUGAGACAGCUGACAGGCUGACCACGCUCCCCAGGACAAAACCAGGCCAAGACCAGGGAGGGAUGGACGAUGCUCAGGCGACACCUUUUCCAGGAUCUGCAGAAAUGGUUGCCACAGCGAAAGGUGUAACCAUCGUGCCCACCAGCAUUAAAUCUUUGGGGGUGGCCGUGUCAUCCGUCAAAAGCAGACCCGAGGACUCAUCUGGAAAAGCCUGUGACAGGUUCACCUUCCUGCACCGGGGAAACGGGGACAACACCUGGGUGAUGCCACAGCUUGGAGAGAUGCUCUUGUGUCUGACGGCCCGGUGCCCGGAGGAGUUUGAAGCUUAUGGCUGUUACUGUGGGCAAGAAGGACAAGGCGAGCCGAGGGAUGCCCUGGACAGGUGCUGUUGGUUCCAUCACUGCUGCCUGGAGCAGGUGAGAAGGCUGGGCUGCCUGCUGGAGAGGCUUCCUCCGUCUCCAGUGAUGUGCGUGGAUGGAACCCCCAAGUGUGUGGGGCAGAGCCUGUGCGCCAAGCUGCUCUGUGCCUGCGACCAGACGGCGGCCGAGUGCAUGGCCUCCGCCUUCUAUAACCAAAGCCUCAGGUCGCCAGGCAGCCGAGACUGCCAGGGCGAACCGCUGUCCUGUGGGGACCACCGCGUGCCUCCAGCUUCCUCCCUUGGCUCCAGCUCCGAGGAGAACAGCGAGGAGGCCCCGCCCCGCCCAGAGGGCCCGACAAGAACCAGAAGAUUCCUGGGGAGGUCCCUGGGUCUCACGGGCACCAGGCCGCAACAUGGCCCCAGAUAGAUUCCCAGAGCAAGCGACCAGCGCUCCCUGUCCUUCUGCCUCCACCCUCCCCUUCUGCUCACCAGAGGCUCAGAGGGGGAGAGGUGGGGGGACCCUUGCCCGCGUGCAUUGUGAUGGGUGUGUCAGCUCACACUUGAAGGUGCACACUUGAAGGAGCAGGCAGGCGACAGGUGGUUCUCUGCUUUCUGUAGUGCGCUGGGAAAGCUCAAUAAAUACUCCAAUCAACGUUUCUUCGUCUGAUUUUCAAGAAAUGUUGUGGAUAUCGGUACAUGAAUAAGAUUGCAAAGGGGAGACGACAGAGAAAGGGGAGGGGAACCUCCAGUCUCUAAUCACUAAAAGCUACUUUUCCCACUAAAAAGAGAGAGAAGGGAGUAUAUUUAAUCAAUGGUAUAAGAUCACCUACGGUCACCAACAAAUCCCCCAAAGAUGUAUGCCAGAGACUGAGGUGACAGGUCCUCUGGGACGUUCGAAGAGAGUGGCCAUGUACCACAGCCACCGCCAUGAAGAACCACUGCUAAGCCUGUCUUGAGUCUGGCAAUAUAAAUUGAUUUUUAAAAAAUAGGGUUUAGGAUCCAGCAUUAUCACCACAGAGGACUGGGUUGCUGCUGUGGCCCUGGUUCGCUCCCUGACCUGGGAACUUCCAUAUGCCAUGGGUGAGGCCAAACAUUUUUAACUAAGGCAAAAUAAUGCAAUGGCUACUAUAAAAAUGUACUUAUACAGAAAUGUUUGAUUUUGUUUUAUUGCUUACAUACAAAUUGCACAGUGAAUUUUUACCCUUCGAAAGAACUCCCUUCAUUACAUUUAGUACAUAUACCGGCAUGAAUAAAACAAAGUAGUUCCAUUUUCAGACAGGAAGCAGGGAAAUACUGUGAGGAAGGGGAAGUGAACUGCUAGUAGAGUGUUAUGAUUCUAAAAGCUAAUGAGUUCAAGGUAUUUAGGAAGAGUGUGCGCGUGUGUGUUCAGGUUGACUCCAACAACUCUACAUAAGCAAAGACAACACAAGUAUAGGAGGGAUGUUUAAAUGUUAACUGUUCAAUGUCAAGGUAAAAAAAUAAAUGAUACAGGCAACAGUAUACAGCAAAAAGAGAAUGAUUAACAGUUUUUAUUAAGACUUUAAAUAUCUACAAAAAUAUAGCAAUACAGUGAACUUCAACUAAUCCUAAACUUUCAAUAUCCAAACUGGCAAUAUGAUAGACUACAUGCAUACCUAUCAGCUGCAGGACGUCCUGCAAUCUCCUGGAAGGGACAAGUCAAAGGAAAAAUCCACCAAUUCUUGGGAAUCCUUGUUAACAAAGACCAGCUCAGUAAGCUAGGAUACAUAGAAGUUUACUGUGUAAAAAUAACAACUACAACCAGGAAAAAACCCCAAAAAACCCAAAUCAACCGUUUACAAACAGACCAAGAGAAAGGUGUGAUAAACAUUAACUGAAAUGAUUUUCUCUUACAUGCUACACAUGCAGUUUUAAAUCACAGAGAAAUGUGAGUUUCGUAGAGCAAAGUUUGUUUUGCAUGAGUGCAAAUGAAUAUAUAUCUUCUUUUCUUAUACUAUUAAAUUAUAUAUUUUAUACAAAAGCACACAGUGUUAAUCUAUAAAAUGACAUCCAAGUGGAUGAUGCUUGUUUUAGCCUGUCCCCCUGCUUAGAUUUUUUUAAUGCAAAAUCAAAAGUUAGUAUCUUUCUUUAAAAAUAGAGAAGAAAAAAGGGAAAUUAAAAACAAAGGUAAAACUUGGCCUAUUAAGUGGUGAACCAUUUUACCUGGUCAAGGGGCCAUUUAGUCCCCCGGUGGUGACGGCACAGUUACUCAGAAAACAGCGUCUUGUUUAUCUACACUGAGAAGGUAACUAAACCACGCAAGACGUUUGAGUAUCAUUUUAUAGGUUUAAAAGACUAAGGUCUUUUGCAAGUUGUUUAAAGAUGCUGUGCUUUGGUUUAAAUAUUCAAGAGUUUCAAGUAUGCUGGUCCUAUUAUUACUUCCUUAACUUUGUUUCUGCUAAAGGUGCCCAAAGAACCCUAAACCCAAAGGAGGAACAGGCCAUUCUUCACUGGGAUUUUUCAAACAAAAGCAAAAGCUAGAAACUAAAUUAUUUUGGGACUACAAUAUUUGAUAUGUAUAUAGUUUUGUGUAAAAAGGAA